AGGGUAUGUUCAGCGCAAUUCGUCAGUUUUAUGUUUUUUUAUUUUUAAUAUUUAAAAAGGAAGGAAAAGUUCUUUUAGUCUGUAGCUGGUUUGUGCUGUAAUAGCAGUGCUCCUCUCUGAUAGUAAUGUGGCGUUUGCAGUAUGGGCUCAUGCUGCUUUUGGCGGCGGCGUUGUCUGGAGUAUCGACUCAGUCUUUGCCAGCUGGCAUUUGGACCGGCUGUCAAGGUAGCCUUAUGGUGCUGUCUAUAAGCCAGACUUACCUUCAGGGCCAGUAUUUUCAAAUUAAUCUCUUGACUCAGAAUGGUGUGCCGAUCCCAAUGACCCUUUCUAAGGCCGUUAGAUGUGGAUAUAGUGAAGCUAUAGAUGACUGGGGUAACAUACUUGCCAUGGGCUCUAUUUUGGGCUGCUUUGUCACAAACAUUGAUGAUCGUACAUUCUCACAAGCUGUUCAGGUUCUGCGUUCUCCAAAUGCAAACAUGUCUCCUGUAACCUCAUUUAGUACAAAUGUGACCUGUACAUACUCUUGGACAGAAAGGGAGGUCAUGUGUGAAGGCAGCUACAUGGAGGUCUCUGUAAGAACAAAUGUUGCACCAAUUGUUCAGAAUCCAAACCAAGACUGGAGUGGUGUGAAUGCCCAAGAUUUCCCUUCUGUCUCAAUCUGGCAAGUGGUAUUCGGUUAUCCAACCAAAAAUGCCUUAACUGUGUCAGGAGUUAAUGCACUUGGCUAUGGAGUGGGCACCACCCCCUCAAGAAUAUGGUUGAGAUCUCCUUAUAACACCAGUCAGACUCAGAUUCAAAUGGUUAACUCUGUGCCAUUGUCUGUCCUGGAUUCUGUCACGUUCUACAAACAACGCUGGAUGAUCCUCCUGAUUGAUACAUCAGUUGCCUGUCCUAUAGAUGGAGUCUCAUUUACACAGCAGGAUAUUGUCUGGAUUGUACCACGCUUUAUGGCACCGUUGGCUAAUGCAACUGGGUAUGCUGAUAUAUCUAUUCAAAUGGGCAUCAAUGGAUUACUCCUCGAUUCUUCUACCCUGCAAGCACAUACCUAUUCUUUAAAUGUUAAUCAGGACCUUAUUACUGUUACAAUACCAAUUGGAGCUCCAGGUGGCUACUAUAAGAGCCAUGCACCUGGGAAUGUCUAUGGUUUGACCUAUUCAAUUACACCUCUACUUGUUCAUGUUUGGCAAGAUGAUGUCUAUGACCGCACUAAACAGACAAUAAGACGUCCUGUCACUACUCCAUUUAUGCCUAAACCACUUGAUGCAGUGGACAACACUAUACCCACUUCUGGCUACUUUAAUGUCUCGGUUGGUUCAGUGUUAAAUCUUGAUGUGCAGCUGAUUGGUGUGUCAGUUGGUCCAUUAGCAAUGCCUGUAACUGUAGCCAACAGCAAAGGCUAUAAUGUUCAGGCACAUGGAUUGCCCACUGGAUUUUCGAACUUCAGUAUUCAGGUUCCAUUCAAUGAUCCAAAUGUCAUUCAGAAGGUAAUUGCCCCAGACACUAGAACCUACACUCUAAAUGUGACCUUCUUUUUCAACAUUAUACCAGAAGAUGCCCCUUUCAGCAAGACUGCUAUUGUGGAAAUCACUCUGCAUGACAUUGUGCCACCUACUGUUGAAGGCUAUUGCAGCAGUACAGACUUCUACUUAACUGUGUUUUAUGGAUCCUUGGGUCAAAACUGGACGGUCUAUAUAGGUGGAACACCUGUUGCACAAUUGCUAUCCUAUCCCCAUGGAUAUGACCCCCAGGCCUCUAGCUUCUGGAUAACUAUCCCAUACAAUACAGCUCUUGGAGCAUAUGAGGAUAUCUAUGCCUCUGAGGUCCGUAGGAGGCUGGAUGUAAUGCUAGUACACACCCAGGGCAUUGUUACCAUGAAUUUCUCCUUGUCAUGCAGUUUCCCACUUGACCUAAUUGGGUGUCUAACCAAUGGUACCAUGACUGCCCUUGCCAUAAAGAUGGAAUCAACACCUGGUAUUCUCCCAAGUCAGUUAACGCUGAGGGAUCCAAACUGCAGACCUCAGAUGGCUGAUGCUAUGAUGGCAGUAUUUAGCUUUGAUGUGAACACCUGUGGUACUACAAGAAAGUUUGAUGGCAAUAUAAUGACCUAUGAAAAUGAUGUGCUAUUUCCUGCAUCUGGGGAAAUAUAUUGGUUAAGGAUUGCUUGCAAGUAUAUGAUUAAUGAUGCAGAAUUGGUGGAGUUUGGUUUUCAGGAUAAUCCUGCCCCUGUUCUUAAGCCAGGCUUGGGGCUCAUUGAUGUAGUAAUGAGCUUGGCAAUGGAUGCCUCUUACAUAAACUUUUACAAUGCUGGAAAGUACCCAGUUGCACAAUUUCUGAGAAGUCCAUUAUAUUUUGAAGUCCAACUCCUCAAUACCCAAGAUCCUCAAGUAGAGUUAUUUUUGGAAGAGUGCUGGGCAACCACAUCCCCUGAUCCAACAGCUCUCCCCAAAUGGGAGUUGAUUGUAGACAGCUGUGCCAAUGCUGCAGACUCCUACAAAACUCUAUUUGAGGCAGUUGUAACAAAUGCAAGAGUGGUGUUUCCAUCUCACUACAAGCGUUUUCAAGUGAAAAUGUUCUCAUUUACACAAGAUGACAUGGCUUUGGAGCAACUGAUCUACUUUCAUUGUGAAGUUGUUAUAUGCACUUCUACACCUCCUUAUGACCAGAGGUGUAGUGGACAAUGUAUUCCAGGAGGGCAGAGAUCUGCACGUAGUGUGGAGAAACACAAUCUUUCAAAGAAACUGGUCUCCUCUGGUCCAAUUGCUAUGCAGACUCCUCAGAAAAAUGUCUGGAAUCCAUUGGUUGCUGCUGUUGCAUUCUUUUCUCUAAUUUUGCUUGUUGCUGGAAUCUUCUGUUGGAAGGAAAUGCAAGCUGUAUAAAGUAAUAAAUAAAUAAAAAAUA